AUCUGGCCGCCAUGGCUUCCACGCCGCAAAACACGGCGUCGACGCAUAAGUCGUCCAUUUUCAGAGCGACGCACCACUUCCACAUCGUGGGCUACAGAGUGCCGAGGAUCAACGGCCGUAUCAGGUCCGGCGACUUUCUUGCCGGCGGCCACACAUGGGCCCUCCUCUGCGACUUCGGUGAGAAAGGCGAUGAUCACCUCUCGUCAAUCACCCUCGAGCUCGUCGCCGCCGGCAACAGCAAGGGAGACGUCGUCGUCGCCAUGGCCAGCCUCCGCAUGGACGACCCGCGCGGCCGGUGGCCGGCUGCCGUGUGGCGGAGCGACGGCCACAACGUCUUCUCCAAAACCGGCAAGAGCUGGAAGCUAACGCUCCCAGAUUUGUUCCGUGGCCAUGAGGCGCGCUACGUGGAGGACGACUGCCUCACCAUUCUCUGCACCGUCGACGUGCUCGACGAGAAACCAGUUGCCAAAACGGAGAGCACGAAACGCUUCGUCGUCGCGGUGCCAUCAUCGCCGACCGUCUCCCAGGAUCUCGAAAAACUUAUGCUACCAGACGCGUCCAGCAGCGUACCACCGGACGUGACGUUCUUGGUGGAGCAGACCGAGAUCAAGGCGCACAAGCUCGUGCUCGCCAUGCGUUCGUCCGUCUUCGCCGCCGAGUUCAGGUGGCACGGUUCCGCUUCCACCGCGGGGGCGCGCGCCAUCAGGAUCGAUGACAUGAGCGCCUCCACAUUCAGGGCCAUGCUUCGCUUCAUCUACACCGACGAGAUGCCCAUCAAACCAAGCAAAAACGUGGCACGGCGCCCCUCGAAGGCAAGGCGCUGUGAAGCCAUGGCACGCGACCUGCUCGUGGCAGCCGACCGGUACGACCUGGAAAGGCUGAGGCUCAUGUGCGAGAAGAUCCUCUCUGAGAACCUCAACGCAUCGACCGUCAUGUCGACGCUGCUGCUGGUGCGUGGCCGGAAGAGCUGCCGGCAGCUCGAGCAAUCCUGCAUCGAGCACAUUGCAACCCACCCCGACGUGCUCGCGGCCGUGAUGGCGACGCAGGAGUACGAGGAGCUCAAGGAAACCUGCAGCCCUUUGAUACUCGAGAUCGUAGAGAGAGUUGCAAUGGCCAUGCAUGGCCUUGACCGCAACUCCUCCCUUCUGUCGGAGAAGAGCUCAUCGACGUUCAACGCGUCGGAGGAGGUGCACGGCUGGCACGACUUCAAGAUCCCCAACUUUAACGCCGUGCAGAGGAGUCAUGGCGUUGGCCAAAAGAUCCAUUCCAGCCCUUUUAAGGUCGGCGGCUAUGACUGGGUGCUAGACGUGUACCCAUCGGGGAGAUCCGACGACGCUGGGAAGUACAUCUCCGUUUUCCUCUCGCUUGUAUCUGAUCUUCCUAAAGGAUUCCCCGGCGUCAGGGCGUCCAGGUGCUUCAAGAUCCAAGACCCGAGCGGGACGUGGCCGCUCACCGUGAAGAGCAGCUCUGUCACUCUCUUUGGGGGGAACACCGCUAGAACAUGGGGUUAUCCCAAGUGUGUCGGCAUAGAAAAUGCGAAAUCAAAGUACAUGGCAAGUGAUGGCUCCUUGACCAUACGCUGCGAAGUCGACGUCACUAAAGAGCCCUACACUAGGGCUAGCACCAUUGGCGCCAGAUUCAUGGUCACCGUUCCUCCCUCCGAAAUCUCCACGCAACUCGAGCAGCUGCUGGCAAGCGAGAAUGGCUCGGACGUGGCCUUCCUAGUCGAGGAGAGCGAGAUCCGCGCGCACAAGCUCGUGAUCGCCGCGCGGGCACCAGCCUUACACGAAGCGGUGGUGGCCACCAACAACAACAACAGCAAGGAGGAUGACCACGCCGCCGCCAUGGUACGGGUCGACGACAUGAAGGCUGCGGUGUUCAAGGCCGUGCUCCAUUUUAUCUACACCGACGAGCUCCUUCCUGGAGAUGGCACUAGGUUGCUGACUGGGGACAUGCUCACGGCGGCGUGCCGCUUUGGGCUGACGAGAAUGAAGGCCAUGUGUGAGAACUUGUUGUGCGAGUCCUUGUCGAAAGACAACCUGUUGGCCACUGCGAAGCUCGCGCGCCGUCACCAUUGCAAGGAGCUUGAAGAUUACUGCAUCGAGUUCGUCUCCGCCCCAGACGUGGCCAAGGACCUGCUGAAAACAUUCAUCGGCUUGGAGGACUAGCUAUAGUCUCUACUCUCUAGUACCAGUUCAAAUCUUAUUUUGUUUUCUUGUCAAUUUUGGUCUGCUAAAGAUCAA